AUGGCGCCACUACUUGGCGACUGGACAGCGUCAAAUACUGGACCUGACGCGGGAGUCGAUCAUCAAGGCACCCGGCAAAGAAGUAUACUUUAUAUUGAUGCUUAUGACUCUUUCUCUUACAAUGUCGUCGCAAUGAUAGAAGAGGUCCUUGGGGCCCGGGUCACAGUGAUGAUGAUUGAUGCGGAAUGGCCGGAUGGCAACAUGGUGGAGUUUCUUCACCAUUAUGAUGCGGUCGUCCUGGGACCAGGACCGGGGGACCCCAAUGUUCCCGAAGAUGUCGGCGUUAUGGCAGAUAUUUGGAAUAUCUGCAGCUCGCAUACGCUGCCCGUUCUGGGUAUUUGCCUUGGAUUCCAGAGUUUGUGUCUUCAUCAUGGAAUCUCUGUAGGGCGACUACCAGAGCCUCUGCACGGACAGGUUCAUCGAAUUACAACGAUGCAGAGAGAUAUUUUUGAAGACUUACGGGAUUUGGAGGUUACCUUAUAUCACUCACUUUAUGCCAUGUUUGAUGGCCGGGAAAAAUCAACGUCAAAUUCGGACCUUGAUGUUCUUGCUUGGUUUUUCACCAAACCAGAUGCAUCGUCAUCGUCUACGUGGCGAAUUCCAAUGGCUGUAAGGCAUAGGGAAAAGCCUUUCUGGGGUGUGCAAUUUCAUCCUGAAUCUUGCAAGUCUGACCGGGAAGCGUGCAACGCGCUGCUCCGCAAGUGGUGGAGUAUGUCCGUCAAGUAUAAUAAGAGCAAUAAUCGCGAAGGAUAUGGGACCUUCUCCACCGAUAUCAUUCGUCCGUCAAGCGAAGAAACUAGUUUGCCAGAUGUUGCCUACACGAUGGUAAACUGGUGCGCAUCAUCUUCGGCGCAGUGCGCCUUUCGGUCUGUCAACACACGUCAACCAGAUGCUGAAGGGAUUUGCGAAAUAUUCAACGACCCACGACUUCCAAUUGUCUUGUUUCAAUCGAAUGGGAAACAUAGUGUUAUAUCUGUACCAAGUCCGGGUAGCUGGAGGCUUGAAUACUAUACUGAGGGACAAUCUCUAUCACUGCAACGCUCCCCAGCAUCUUCCAGCAUACAUAACUCUUCAAAAGUUGGAAACCCAAAGGUUGAAGCGAUCUCAUCAGUGUCUCAAUUUUGGGAUAUUCUAAGAUAUUUGGUGGACUUAAAGAAAGUCGAAUCAGGCGACACUGACGUUCCUUUUUGGGCAGGAUUUUUGGGUUAUUUUUCCUACGAGCUAGGGUUGGCCUGUCUUUCUCAACUGAAGCACGAGAGUGGAAUCUUUCAAAACGAAUACCCCUCUCAAGAUAGCACCGGUGCUGAAGACCCGCCAGAUGUUAGCCUCAUAUGGACUGAGAGGAGCAUAGUUGUGGAUAAUGAGACCGGCCGGGUUACGGUACAGUCUACUAGGGAAGAGGAUAACUUACCAGCUGGCUGGCUAGAUUACGCCGUGAAUACGGUGAAGAGUUUCUUCUGUGUCGAUGUCCCACCAUCGUCCGAGAACUCCGUUACUGAUGAAGAGUUCCUGGAUUCAAUUUUGAAAAGGGGAGUGGUUCGUUUCCCAACAGAAGGAUCAUACCGAAGCCAGGUUGAGGCUUGCAAAAACGAACUGAGAGCGGGUGAGUCAUAUGAGCUGUGUCUCACCUGCGAAACAUCAAUCACUUUACCCUCUCCAGAUACCGCUACUGGGCGAAUGGGCUUUCCUUGGAAACUGUACAAGCGACUACGGAAGUAUAAUCCCGCCGCAUUUAGCGCCUUCGCGAGACUCGGAAACGUUAAAAUUGUGAGCAGCAGCCCGGAGUGCUUUCUCAACUGGGACCGGCACUCGACAUUGGAGAUGAAGCCAAUGAAAGGCACUGUGAGAAAAUCUGACGGUAUGACGAUGGAAAGGGCACGAGAAAUUCUUGGCUCAACCAAGGAAAUGGCUGAGAAUCUUAUGAUUGCGGACCUCAUACGGCAUGAUCUCUACGGAAUCUGCGGUGCGGGCAACGUUCACGUGGAAAAACUGCUUGAGGUGGAGGACCAUGGGCGAGUUUACCAAAUGGUCACCCACGUCAAAGGGCAUAUUGACCCCUGUCGACACGGCUAUGCUGCGAAAGGUCUACCGCGGUUGCAGUCAUCGAACAUGCUGGGAUAUGGACUCACGGCAUUACAGCGGUGUCUUCCUCCUGGAUCGAUGACUGGCGCUCCAAAAGAACGAUCUUGCGUGCACCUUUCUUCAAUCGAAGGCCGGAAGCGCGGCGUUUACUCUGGAGUUAUGGGCUUCCUCGACCUUGGAGGGGGAGGAAGCUUCUCCGUCCUGAUUCGCUCCGCUUUCAACUCCUCGGAUGACCAAGCCGAUAUUCAGAAAUGGAGAAUUGGUGCUGGCGGCGCGGUCACCAUGCUGAGCAGUGCCGAAGGCGAAUGGGAUGAAAUGCUCACCAAGCUCCGGACUGUCUGUGGGAUCUUCACGCCUUCUCAUGCGUAA